AGAAACUCUCAUACACAUUAGAAGCGCAACAAACUCACAGUUUGGAGCUUCAUCGAAACAGCAAAACCAACCAAAUGGAUUAUAAUGUCAAUGGCCGUGAACCCAAGUCUGGGAAACUACUCUCUAGCACCGAUGACCGUUUAGACAGCGGUUUGGAUUCUCUUAAAGAGGACGAAUAUGCGGAUGUGGAGUCUGAAUUUAGGCGGAUGAAUGUGGGCUCAGACGAGCAGGACAUUCACUACGAGCCCUGGAAGACAUAUUGCACCGAGGACGGAGACACGUAUCUACAUCUCGCCAUUAUUCACGAGGCAAAAGAUGCUGCAUUAAAGAUGAUUGACUUAUCCUAUGGCAACUCCUUCCUCAACAUUCAAAACAACCAGAGACAGACUGCCCUGCAUUUGGCCGUCAUCACAGAACAGCCUCUUAUAGUGGAACGGUUAGUGAAAUCCGGUUGUGAUGCUUCACUGGUGGAUGACCACGGAAACACUGCCCUCCACAUCGCUUGCAGAAAGGGCUCUCUGGCCUGCUUCAGUCUCCUAACGCAGGGCUGCCCACAACAACUCCCAAACAUCCUUCAAACGCCAAACUAUAACGGUCAGAAAUGCAUACACGUUGUCGCCACCCAAGGCUACUUGUCGUUGGUGGAAAACCUUAUUCAGCUUGGUGCAGACAUCAACGCACCGGAGCAGUGUAACGGGCGAACCGCUCUGCACUUAGCAGUCGAUCUCCAGAAUUCAGAGCUAGUUCGGGUUUUGAUCAGUAAAGGUGCCGACGUUCACAGCUUGACGUAUGGCGGUCACACUCCUUAUCAUCUGACCUAUGGCCGGGCAAACACAGAGAUCCAAAAGUCCUGUAUGAGCUCACGUCGCCACACCUAAGGGAACUUCCUGAUA